ACGAACGGGCACGAUCAGCUGUCCUUCUGUCAUCGGAGUUUAAAUCUCAAUCUCCUCCUAAAAUAAACACAUUAAACGAGUGAAUUAUAAUAUAUAAUGUCUUCUAACAACAUGGCAGACCCUAGGCGACAGAAUAAGAUACUGAGGUACAAGCCUCCCAGCACAGAGACCAACCCCACACUGGAGGACCCCACCCCCGACUACAUGAACCUGCUCGGCAUGAUCUUCAGCAUGUGUGGACUGAUGCUCAAGCUGAAGUGGUGCGCCUGGAUCGCCGUCUACUGCUCGUUCAUCAGCUUUGCAAACUCCAGAAGCUCCGAAGACACCAAACAGAUGAUGAGCAGCUUCAUGUUGUCCAUCUCAGCAGUCGUCAUGUCCUACCUGCAGAACCCACAGCCCAUGUCGCCGCCAUGGUAACCGAAGAUGUAUUCUAGAAUGAGUGACGAAACAGCUGGUUUCCACCCCCCCCUCCCCUCCCCUUCCCUCCCUCCGUCGCCAUGGAAAAACC